CAUACACAUCAUGUGGAGAGUGGAAGAAGUAGAGAGCGUGCCACCUACCUGCUAACAUCCAUCCGGAGAAAACAUUGCACCAAACUUAGCCCGAAUGCGCGCUGCUGUUGCUGCUCACAGCCGACAGCUCGCUGCACAGGCAACUGCAACUACUGCAUUUCAGUCUCAGCUCUGCACAGAAACCAUCAGUUGCAGAGAAAAAGAAUCGUAGAUUUGUAUUUUUAAUGUAGCAUCUUUGGAAAAAAAAAGAUAUGUGCUUUUGGAAGUUGUGAUUUUUUUUCAAAAGUAAAGAGUGAGGACGAUUUAAACUUAAUAUAUAUUUCAAUAUUGGAGAAAGAGAAUGAACGCGAUGGUGUCUUUGAGGUUUGCCCUGGUGCUGGCGGUGGCCGCUAACUUUAUUGACAGCGAAGCGAAGUUUCUUGAGAGGGGUGAGAAAGCUCCGGUGAGGAGAUGCCUGGAUGGGAGUACGCCGCGCCGCUUGAGGAGGAGGGAGAGGAGGCUGCUAGCCCUGGACCCCAGUGGCUAUAUCUGUCACAGGCUGUACAGCCGCUUGUCCUGCUGCCCCAGCUUCGGGCAUUUCCAUGAGUUCGUUGAUCCCAAGAUAUUUUCUGUUACAAACAACACAGAAUGUGCAAAGCUGCUGGAGGAGAUGAAGUGCGCCCAGUGUUCACCACAUGCACAAUAUUUAUUUCACUUCCCUGACCGGCAAGGAGCACCAGACAAUGAACUGGCCUUUCCAAUGUUGUGCAGAGAUUAUUGCAAACAGCUCUACUUUGCGUGCAGAAGCCAAAUGACAGGUCUCUUCCAAACCACUUCAGAUGAGUUUUGUAACCUUUAUGCAGCAAAGGACAAUGGGAUAUGUUUUCCUGACUCACCCAGAAAACAAGUGCAAGGACCUGAUUCCAACUAUUUAAACCAGAUGGAUGACUAUUACAAAAUGGAGCAGAUCAACAGAAAAUAUAAAAAAAAUUGCUACUGCCUUGAUGAAGUGGUCAGCGGACUUGUGCAGCCGACUGGAUUAGUGCAUUGUGGAGAUGGAUCACAGAGACUCUUCAUUUUGGAAAAGGAAGGUUUUGUAAAGAUUUACACUCCUGAUGGAGAAUUACUGAAGGAACCAUUCCUUGACAUUCACAAGCAGGUUCAGAGUGGAAUAAAGGGUGGAGAUGAAAGAGGAUUGUUAAGCCUUGCAUUCCAUCCUAAAUACAAGAAAAAUGGAAAGCUCUAUGUGUCCUAUACCACCAACCAAGAGCGAUGGGCAAUUGGACCACAUGACCACAUUCUUAGAGUAGUCGAAUACACUGUAUCCAGAAAAAAUGUAAAUCAAGUGGAUACAAGAACAGCAAAGGUAUUGAUUGAAGUCGCAGAGUUGCACAGAAAGCAUUUGGGUGGACAGCUAAUGUUUGGGCCUGAUGGCUUCCUGUACAUCUUCCUUGGAGACGGAAUGAUUACUCUUGAUGAUAUGGAAGAGAUGGAUGGGUUAAGUGAUUUUACAGGGUCUGUGCUUCGAAUCAAUGUAGAUACAGAUUCCUGCAAUGCACCUUAUUCUAUUCCCAGAAGCAAUCCUUACUUCAAUAGCAGCAAUCAACCACCAGAAAUAUUUGCACAUGGGCUUCAUAAUCCAGGCAGGUGUGCAGUGGAUCAACAUCUCAGGGACUCCAAUGGCAAUCUGACCAUACUUUGUUCAGAAUCAAAUACUUGGAAUAAAUCAUCAGGAAGAAUAAUAAAGAUAACAAGAGGAAAAGACUAUGAAACAGAGCCUCCAGCGGUUGAAUUUAAAUCUUCCAGUCACAGUCCUUUAGUGGGGGGCUUUAUAUACAGAGGAUGCCAGUCUAGAAGACUUUUUGGAAAUUACAUUUUUGGAGACCGGAAUGGGCAAUUGAUGAGCCUUCAACAAAACCCCUUGAACAAACAGUGGCAAGAACGAACCUUGUGUCUUGGCAGUAGCACCACAUGCAAAAAUUCUCUUAGUGGCCAGAUUUCAGGAAUGGUUUUGGGAUUUGGAGAAGAUGAGUUAGGUGAAAUCUAUAUUUUGGCAAGCAGUAAGAGUGUAACACAAGUGCACAGUGGAAAGCUCUACAAACUAAUGGACCCAAAAAGACCUUUGGUUCCUGAAGAAUGUAAGAAAUCAGUGUUGCCUCCACAACCAUUGGCAUCGGAGUGCUCACAUCUGUGUAGAAAUGGACACUGCACACCAACAGGAGUAUGCUGCUGUAAUCCAGGCUGGGAGGGAAAGUUCUGCAGAGAGGCCAAGUGCGACCCCAUUUGUCUGCAUGGUGGUGUGUGUGUGAGACCAAAUAAGUGCUUGUGUAAGGAGAGCUACACGGGACCUCAGUGUGAACAAGUAGAUCGAAACAUUGAAAGAAUGGCAAGGGCAGCAGUUUGCCAGCAGCCCAGGAGAAGUGGGAAAUGUAACACCCCUACAUGGCUUUGGUUCUUUAAUGUGGACACCAGACAGUGUGAACAGUUUCUCUAUAGUGGUUGUCAAGGAAGCAAAAACAGAUUCAAUUCUCAAGAAGAGUGUGAGAAAACCUGCUUACCAAGAAACCACCAAGGCACAGAACUGAUACAAGGGAUGAAUAAAUAAACUCUUGACCAGGCAUCUUUUAGUUUCUUCCAUAAUGAGAAAAAAAACAAAUACAUUUCAUAUUUUUGAUGUAUAUUUUACAUAGGACUAAAAGAUUUUAAAAUUCAAAGAUGGGAAAACAGGUUAAUUCAGGUUUUUAUUAUCUAACCUUAAAUUUAUUUUAAAAUGAUGUGUAAUAUCUGAAGUGAAAUACUAGAAAUUGUGAUAUCUGAAAAAAAAACGGUCAAAUUGUAUAAGCUCAUUACUGGUCUGCCAUUCACCAGAUUCUAAUUGGUGUACGUAGAUUUAAAACAAAGACAUUUAAAUGUAUAAUUUCUUUUUAAAUUUUAAUAUAUUGUUUAUGUAAAUGCAUGCUUAAUGUCCUCAAGAAUACAGUAUUAUACUGUGACCAUUGAGCUGAUAAAUUGUAUUUUUAAACAUUACCUGUUACAUGCUGAAUUGCAUUUGUUAUUAUACUAUAUGUAAGCAGCAGCAGAUAUGCUAAAGUAUAUUUUUAUUACAGUAGCUAAAAAAGUAAUUGACCACUGAUAGUUCUAUUAAACUUCUAAGGCUCUCUUUGUGGGCCUCUAUCUAUAUGAUCAUUAAGCUGUAACCUGGUGGUGGAAAGGCAAGGGAGGGAGAUAUUGAUCAGUAACAAAUUAGUGAAGAAACCUUUGAGUUUGUCUGUGUUACUGUGUUUGUCAAGGACUGUUCUCACCAGGCUUUUAAAUGCUCGGGGCUGGGAUCUCAUAAUGCUGUUGGAAAGAUAAAUACCAAUUGGGUGCACCCUCUUUUAUCACACUAAACAUGAUAGGGCAUUAAGAUCCAGUCCAAUCUCCUGAAAAAGUUUGUACAACUAUAUGUUGCGCACAGAAUAUUGCACUAAAACAGGAUAUCUGUGAUUGUUAUUGGAAGCCAAAUGCAGCAUUCGAAGCCUCCAUGCCAUUGCAGAGCAGAUCACUGGUAAAUGAGCUCUUACUUAAAGAUUACCACCCCCGCCCCCCACAGUAGCCACAGAAAACACUGCUGCUGAGAUGAGACAAAAUGCAGGGGGCAGGCACUAACCAGUGAGUCUGGGCAUCCUUCAGUUGAUGGCCUAACUUGAUCAAGACCCAUUCCACAGUGAGGUGGUAAACUGGUUCAUUAUUGUCACAUGUAAUGAGGUACAGUGAAAAGCUUGCAUUGCAUACUGUUCAUACAGAUCAACUCAUUGCACGGUGCAUUGAGGUAGCACGAGAUAAAACGAUAACAAAAUGUUGUACAGGGAAAGUGCAGUGCAGGUAGACGGUAAGAUGCAAGAUCAUAACGAUGUAGAUUGUGAGGUCAAGAGUCCAUCUUAUCACUCAAUAGUCUUAUAAGUGUGGGAUAGAAGCUGUCCUUGAGCUUAGUGUUACGUACUUUCAGGUUUUUAUAUCUUUUGUCCGAUGGGAGAGAGGAGAAGGGAGAAUCUCCAGAGUGGCUUAUAGAGGCAGCAAACAAUAUAGGUGGAGUCCAUGCAGGGGAGGCUGCUUUCUGUAAUGUGCCGAGCUGUGUCCACAACUCUGCAGUUUCUUGCAAUCGUGGCAGAGUAGGUGCCAUGCCAAGUUGUUAUGUAUUCAGAUAUGAUGUUUUCCAUGGUGCGUCGUUAAAAUUGACGAGGGUCAAAGGGGACAUGCCAAAUUUCUUUCACCUCCUGAGGAAACAGAGGCACUGGUGACCAUUCUUGGCCAUGGUGUCAACAUGGCUGGACCGGGACAGGCCAUUUGUGAUGUUCACUCCUAGGAACUUGAAACUCUCAACCCUCAUUGUUGAAGUAGACAGGGGAAUGUGCAACACCUCCCUUUCUGAAGUCAAUGACCAGCUCUUCUGUUUUGCUGACAUUGAGGGAAAUGUUGUUGUCCUGAUGCCAUGUCACUAGGCUCUCUUAAUCUCCUUCCUGUCAUGCUGUCAUUAUUUGAGACACAGUCCACUACGCUGGUAUCAUAUGUAAACGGGCAGAUGGAGUUAGGGCAGAAGCUGUCCAUGCCGUUGAGAGUGAGUGUAUAGGGAGUAGAGUAGGGGGCUGAGCUGACAUGCAGUGUUGUGGGGCACCGGUGUUGAUCGUGGUGGACCUGUUGCUGCCUGUCCUUGUUGACUGUGAUCUGUUGGUCAGGAAGUCAAGGAUCCAGUUGCAAAAGGAGAUGCUGGCACCCAUGUUUAGGUGCAGGGUGGGAUAGUUGACUGCAACAUGCGGCUCAUAACUGAUUUGAAGGAAGAGUCUGUGGUCAGUGAAGGGAAGCUGACAGAGUUAUUCUUCAUUACACUGAUCAUUGGAAACUGGCUGGCACUUAUCAGAUGAAGAUCCCUCAGUUGUUUUCCCAGUUCCAAUCUCUGCUUAGUGUGCUCUUGGUGGUGCUGUGAGUGGUCAGGGAAGAUGUUCAGUGGUACUGAAAAGCUUCAGUGUAUAUUAGCAGUGGAGGAAAUGUGGAUGCAUUACCUCUGAUGUCAUUAAAUACAGGACUGAUGUUUGACAACUGUCAGUCACACUGAGGGGAACUGUGCACGGAAGUUCCCAGAGUAAAUUCCCAAAGGAUGAAAUUUCAUCCAGAAAUUGACACUGAAGCAAACCUAUCCAAGUAAUGUGUUAUGUGUGAUUUGUGCAUUAAAAGAGGGCUAAUAGAUCUAAUCUCUGGGCAAAGUUUUUUUUUUCUUUCAAUCUUUAUCUAUUUAUAACACAGUAAAACCCUUCUACACUUUGCUCUUCAUAAACAAAUAUCCUGCUAUGGAACACUUUUGUUUCCCUUGUAUCAAUUUUAUUUAUCAGAUACACUUUACCAGACAUGGCCAUGCAGAAUUCUAUCCAAAUACAUCUAUGUUUCAGACUUUACCUUGUAUAUUCAGCACUUAAAUACAACGAUUUGACGGCAAAAUUGAAUACAGAACAUGAGAGAAAUUGAGUUAAUACCUGGUCUGGUGAGGCAAUUGCUGCAAAUAGUUAUGCAAAGAAUGAUGAAAUGUUUAGUUUAAAAAUUGCUUCUUUAUAUCAUCACUUAAUAAUCAUGAGACUUUAUUUUUCCAGUAAAUUCAUAAUUGGAAAUAACUGAGAUAAGACAGAAGAAGCUAAAUAGAUUUAAUAUUGAAUUUGAAUAAGCUUUUUUAUAAAUAAUUGGUAAUAAGACUAAAUGUGACAUUAUUUGAAGUGAAGAGAGUGACCUGAAAUUCAACGCACUGCAAGACACUUAUAGCAGCUCAAAAAUCUGAUUCAAAAUCAAACAAAACAGUUGCCGCCAGCCUGCAACCCCAGACAGAGUUGUUAUACUUGCAUGACAUGCCCACAGCUCCAAUGAGUCAAAUUCCUUUAUAGCAAUUAGUAAACAUACCACUUAGCAUAUUUAAGAGUUGUCUCAGUGUUCAGCAAAGAUAUAACCCCCACCAGCCCCAAGCUACAAACUGACACAAAAUAAGCAUGAAUGUGAAACUUAUUCCCUUCAGCUGUACUACACACUCACUGAUGUGACUAGUUACCAUAAUAAGCACACAGCGUGGAUGGACUACACAGCUCCUACAGCACGGUUUAUGUUUGCGACUAACACAGGAAACAAAAGAUAAAAAAGGGAAAGGUUUAUUGUAAUGUGGAAUAAUGUUGUUUACUGAUGGUCACUGAGACUCCAUAUAUUAGUCAAAUACAGUAUUGUAUAAAGGAAAUUAUAAAUACAGUAUUGUAUAAUUUCACAAUCAGACUAAAUCUGGAAAAGUUUGUAUUUAAUAUUUUAAAUAACAAUUGAAAGUAAAUAAAUUAAGUUAUCAUUAUUAACAUUAAUUUUUGAAAUAAAACCAGAAUCUAUCAGUGCUAACCUUUUUCUAAAAUAGCUAUUGAGGUAUUGUUUAUAUGGAAUAAUAAAGCU